GAGAGAGAGGGAGAGGGAGAGGGAGCGCUCGGGGCAGAGCCACAGCCACAGCCGAGCAAUACGCUCUCACUGACUGAACCAGAACACAGACAGAGAGAGAGAGAGAGAGAGACAGAGAGAGACAGAGACAGAGCCGCAGAGGACACAGACAGACACACAGACAGACACAGACUGUCAUUUGUAACGGUGGCUUUUGGCCGUUCACAACGCGUUCCCGAUGGUCACCGCUCGCGUUGGGAACCUGACGACCUCCUGACGCCACAGAAUAAUUUGUAACUAUGACAACUGAAUCCGCCAUGGAUUCUGAGUUGAAGAAUGCUCUGGACGAACAACCGAACCAGGAGAUAGCAGCCAGCAAAGAGCAUCGACUGGACAGCGGCAAACAGGAGCAGGAUGCUGAGAAAGAUAAAAAACCAGAAGCUUUUCCAAAAGUAAUUGAGGAACAGGAAACUGGGGAAACGGAUGACGACAGGACAUCAGAAAGGACGACGCCGGGCAAAACCCCCAAAUCUCCAUUGAAGGGGUCCAAAAAACCAAAGAACAUGCCCUGCAAGAUAACCUUGUUGGAUGGCACAGACUACGAGUGCGAAGUGGAGGUGAGAGAAAUGGGCACAAGUGGGUAAAGUGGUCAAUUCCACCACGAGCA